GCAAAAAUUCUAUCUCCACAACUCCCCAAACCAAAACCAAAUUCAUGCACUCGUACCAAUUUACUCUCCCACAGUCAAACCUCACCAGCCAGCCCCCACUGUUUGAAUCAUCAGCUUCUGCACCACACCAACAAAAUAUUUAUUACCCCGAGUAAUAUCCCUUUGUUUUUAUUCUCUUAAUUCUACUGCUCUCCUCCCCCUCUUCCUCCUCACCAUUUAAGAUGGUGCACUCACUUGCCACGCCAUGGCUCAUUAAUAUUAUUGCUAGUUUGAUUAUAUACUCAUGUGUUGUUGAGUUUUCAUGCCAACCAAACCAUUGAGCAUGGACCGACAUCCAAACCCAAACCCUACUACCAAGAACCUCUUCCCUUCUCCCGCUCUCUCCCUCAGUCUCGCUGGUAUAUUUCGACAUGGCGGUGGAACAUCGAAAAAUUACAUGGAAGUUGAGGAAGGAGAUGAAGCUCACGGUGGUGGUGCAGGAAGCAACACUAAAAGAGAAGAUAUAACGGAAAUUAGCAGUGAGAAUUCUGCGCAGGUGCGGUCUUAUGAUGAUAUUAAUGUGGCUGUUGAGCACGAAGACGAUGAUGUUGAAGAUGAUAACAAGAACAAGAAGAGAAAGAAAUAUCACAGGCACACUCUUGAUCAAAUCCGAGAAAUGGAAGCAUUAUUUAAAGAAUCACCACAUCCGGAUGAGAAGCAACGACAAGAGCUGAGCCAGAAAUUAGGUCUUCAUCCCAGACAAGUCAAGUUCUGGUUUCAAAAUCGUCGUACCCAGAUUAAGGCUAUUCAAGAGCGCCAUGAGAAUUCUUUGUUGAGAAGAGAAAUGAACAGGCUUCGCGAAGAAAACAAGGCUUUGAGGGAGAUUGUUGCCAAGGGUGCUUGUCUCAAUUGUGGCGUCCUUGCUUCUGCUAAGGAUUCCAUUAUACCAUCUGAAUUUCAGCAGCUAAGGAUUGAGAAUGCUCGAUUAAAAUCCGAGAACGAAAAGCUUCUAGCAGUUAUUGGGAAAUAUGCAUCAUCAGAAUCACCGCCAGCUAGAUCAACUUGUUCACCUGGAAGUGACCAAGCUGGCAAUAUGAAAUGUUCUUCAGAUGCAUUCAGCGACAUUUUUGGGCUAGAAAGGUCUCAAAUUGUCGAGAUUGUUAACAAAGCAACUGAGGAGUUGAUAAAAAUGGCCACUAAAGGGGAACCACUUUGGAUCAAAAGCUUUGAGACUGGCCGUGAGAUACUGAACUAUGACGAGUACCUGAAGAUUUUGCCUGUCAAAAACUUCACAAAAAAAUGGCCUAAUGGAUCAUCUGUUGAGGCUUCAAGGGACAGUGGAGUUGUCUUUAUGGAUCUUCCUACAUUAGUUCAAUAUUUCAUGGAUGCGAAACAAUGGCAAGAAUUGUUUCCAUGCAUGAUCUCUAAGGGCUCUAUUGUUGAUGUUAUCAACAACGGAGAGGGAGCUGGUAAGAAUGGAGCCAUCCAACUGAUGUUUGCAGAGCUUCAGAUGCUAACGCCUGUGGUGGCGACUCGGGAAGUUUAUUUUGUGCGCCAUUGCAAGCAAUUAGCAGCUGAUAAAUGGGCAAUUGUAGAUGUUUCCCUUGACAAGCUUGAGAAUAAUAUUGAUUCAAGAUGUUAUAAGCGUCCUUCUGGUUGCAUCAUAGAAGAUAAGUCGAAUGGGCAUAGUAAGGUGAUCUGGGUCGAGCAUAUGGAGUGCCAGAAAAGCCUAGUACCUAGCUUGUAUCGCACAAUUGUUAAUAGUGGUUUAGCAUUCGGUGCAGGCCAUUGGAUGAAAACAUUGCAGCUGCAAUGUGAGCGCCUUGUGUUCUUCAUGGCAACAAAUGUCCCCACAAGCAAUUCAUAUGGUGUUGCUACAUUUGCGGGUAGGCAAAGCAUUUUAAAAUUGGCACAGAGAAUGACAAAGAGUUUCUACCGAGCCCUUGGAGCAUCAAACUAUCAUACAUGGAACAAGACUACAAGUAAAACUGGAGAAGACAUAAGGAUAGCUUGGCGGAAGAAUUUGAGUGACCCUGGAGAACCUCUUGGUGUGGUCUUGUGUGCUGUUUUAUCAGUCUGGUUGCCCGUAUCUCACCAGAAUCUGUUUGAUUUUUUGAGAGAUGAAACUCGAAGGAAUGAGUGGGAGAUUAGUGUGAACGAAGGACCAGCUCAGAACAUAGCAAACCUGGUAAAAGGGCAGGACCAUAGAAAUGCAGUUACUAUUCAGGCCAUAAAACAGAAACAAAAAAGUGUGUGGAUACUCCAAGACAGUUGCACCAACGCCUACGAGUCAACCAUAGUUUAUGCACCAGUGGACAUCAGUAGCAUGGAAUCUGCAAUGACAGGCUGCGAUCCAAGUGACAUUGCUAUCUUACCUUCUGGUUUCUCAAUUCUGCCAGACGGAGUUGAAUCAAGGCCUCUGUUAAUCUCAUCUAGGUCAGAAGACAAGAGCACAGAGGGCGGAUCAUUGCUCACCAUCGCGUUUCAAAUCCUCACAACCAACUCUCCAACAGAAAAUCUCAGCAUGGAGUCUUUCGAGUCUGUGAACACACUGGUAUCAUGCACGUUGCAAAACAUCAAGACAGCAUUGCAGUGUGAAGAAUGAGGGCUUCUGUGCAAUUUUUAUAGAUUAAAAUGCAGCAUAUAUGAAAGUACUAUAGGCUUAUAUAUAGCAUUCAGUAACUAUUUUCUGAUUGACUACCGCUAUGUUUGGCAACUCAAUUCAAAAUCUUGAAUUGUGCUUGAAACAGUGUACAUGGCUUGAAUUGAGCCGUCAAACAUAGCUGAAAUCGAAUAUGCUAAUUUGUCUUUGAGGAUCUAUUCAAGAACUUCUAGUGUAAGCGAUUACUAAUUACUUGAAGGCUCUAUGAUGUGUAAUUUUUACCAGUGACUUGAUCUUU